AUGGACAUCGUUUUCAAGCCCAUGGCAGAUUUUGUGUUGUGCUUUGUUGACGAUAUUGUCAUCUUCUCUGCUACCAUGGAAGAGCACAUUGAACAUGUUGCUCGCGCUAUCAAGCACUCUGACGAAACCGGCUGUACGUUGGAUCCACGCAAAUUAACCAACAUCCAAAGUUGGCCUAUCCCAAAAAUUGACCAGGAUAUUCAGCGAUUCAUGGGUGUAGUGAACUACUUUAGAGAGCACGUUCCCAAAAUAUCCACAUUAACUGCUCCUUUGGAUGAAUUACGCAACGUCGACAAGCUCGAUGAUGAAUGGACAGAUAUGAGCACUGAUGCUUUUAUUGCUAUACAAAAGAUCUUGACGAACACCCCGAUUCUACGCUAUCCCAAUAUGGCGUAUCCUUUCUCGGUGGCCACUGACGCCUCGAAUGUGGGUAUCGGUGCGGUGUUGUAUCAGCUUGUAAAGAAAUUGGCACAAGCGACUGGCUUUGACCAUAGAUUGGCAACUCCUUAUCACCCACGAGCAAAUGGCGUAGCCGAACGUUGGGUGCAAACAUCGGUAAGGACUUUGAGAAAACUGAUCAAAGGUGCUCUCAAGGACUGGGACUUGUUCGUUCCAGGUGUGCAACUUGCUAUCAAUGGAAAGAUAUCGAAGGCAUGA